GAAAGGGAAAAAAGGAAAGUGACAUUUAGUGCCGAUGUUAAGAAAACUGAUGCAAAUCCAACACAUAUUAGAAAAAGGAAACAUAAUGAUGAUAAAGAAGAUAAUGAACCAAUUGUGUUGAUGAUUAAGAAAUCACAAAUUAGAAAAAGGAAAAGUAACGUUAACAAUAAAGAUGUGGAGAAUGUAAAAAACACAACAACAGUUGAACAACAAAGCAAAGAAAACGAUGAAGGUGUUAGGUUGAACAAACGGAUAAAGAGGGUGGCAAAGAAGAAAGCAAAUGCUAAAUCAAAAAAAGAGAACAUUUUAAUGGCAUUGCAGUGUAGGAUAUCACCACACCAGUUGAACUAUGUGGUAAAAAUGUUGUCAAAAGCACAAAGGGAAACAGUGGUGAACAUGGGUUUUGGAAGGAUGCUGACAAUUAAUACAGAUUCAAUACCAUCAAAGCUUGUGUAUUUCAUAAUGGAUAGUUUUGAUGAAUCGUCAAUGGAGAUUAAAAUGCAAAAUGGAAGCAUAAAAGUCAAUGAGACUGAGGUGAGCAAUCUUUCAGGAUUAAAGAAUGUCGGUAUAGUACUGGAUGAUAAGGAAAAAAAGAAAGAUGCUGAAUUAUUGGAAAAAAGGAAUGGGAAGCAUUGUACAAAGGGAAAUAGAUAACACCAGCAAACAUUGUAAAACGGAUCGAAGAGAAUAUGGAUGAUGUCAGCUGGAAAUUCAAAUACGAUUUUUGACAGUAUUUAUGAAUACUAUUGUUGGGGUGAAUAUGGAUGGAUGGUGCAUAACAGAUUAUUUCAACAAAUUUGAUGAGAGUACAGAAGUGGAGGACAUAAACUGGUGUGCAUACAUAUGCAAUAAGAUAAGGUGUUGUAAAGACGGUUGGAAAAAGGGAAGAAACAACAGUUCGUACAACGGGCCAAUUCCAAUAUUGACUAUGUUAUAUGCGGAUAUGACGGUAUGUGGAGAAUUGAACAAAGAAAGAACGAAUGGUCCAUUACAGUUUUGGACAAAAGAUAUGCUAAGUAAGAGGGAAAAGUAUGAGAUUGUGAAUGGCGUUUUUGGAAGGGCAAUAGUGAGGGACAGCUUUAAGCAAGAUGAAUACAAAAAUGACGAAAUGGAUGUUGAAAUGGGAGAUACAAAGAAGGAUGCGAAUGAAGUUAUAUGGAAUGAAGGAAGCACGUCUGAGAAAUACGCUGAUAAGAAAGGAGAUGUUAAAAAGAAAGGUGAAAUUGAAACAGAGAUGUCACGUAUAAAAAAGGUAUGUAUGCAUAUAAUAUUUGAAAUGUUAUCUAUGCAUAAAUGCAUAUGCACAUGAUGGUAUAAACAAAUGUGUAUAUUAUUUUAGUUAUGCAUAUUAACGUAUGGAUAUUAGUUGGUAAUAGUAUAAACAGAGGAGUAUAGUAUGUAUCUAAUUAAUAUGCAUAUAUGCAUAUGAGUAUAGGAAAUGUAUAUGCAUAAAUGAA